AGGGUCCCCACCUACUCAGCCAAACACGCCCAACACGCUGGCUCCUGCGCGCCAUUCGUCCCCCACGAGGUUCUUCUGCUCCCCUCCCCGGAAUCCGCUGGAGUCCUACGGCCCGGAUGCAUGCGGUCCGAGUCCGGGACAAUUGCUGCGGCGAGACUUGAUGACCCGCAACAAUCUCAGCGAGCACCUGGCCUGGCUGCUCAACAACAUCAGCCGGUCGCCGCCCACGGCGCCGCAGCUGCCUGCUGCUGGUGCGGGUGCUGGUACAGGUGCGAGCGCGGGUGCUGGUGCGGCUGCGGGUACUGGAGCUGGUGGAAUUGAUGCUGGUGUUGGUGUUCGUGCUGGUGCUCGUGCUGGUGCUGGUGCUGCUGCUCCCGCCGCCGCCGCCGCCGCCGCCGCUGCUGCCCCGGACCGGCUCGCCCAUUCUUUCGCUUCAGAUUCUUUCCCCGCCGGGUCUGGCAGGCCUGACUUCGGAUCACAGCCCCGCGGCGGCGCCCACCACGCUUUAAACCCCCCUCUGCCUUCCACUUCCACUUCCUCCUCUGCCUCCUCCUCUGCCACUGCACCCAACUCUCGUCCUACUCCCGGGACCGUCCCCGCACCACAACCGGCUGCCCUUGCAGAUGCAACCCGAUCUGCUGCUCACUUGCGGGACACUUACAAGGCGACCGGCAACGAGAGAACAAUGGACCGUCUUCCUCUUUCACCAGUUACCACUUCCAGUCGGCCG